CGAAAAAGCCGACGAAUCCACCAGCGGACCAGCGAGAGGAAAGGGUGAAAGGGUGUGUUAUCUGGCUCCAGGGGUACGUGGUGUGCUCCAUGUCAGGAAGUUUGUGUUCCUAGACUGGCGCCAUUUUGUGCAGACGGGAGCCUCUAAACUGUCUGAAGGCGUUUUACACCUGUUUACUCGGUGAAGUCUGUUUGAGUAGCGGAAGCAGUCAGCUGGGUUCUCGCUUCAGUGUUUAAUCAACUUUCCACAAUGGCGUUGCUUAUUCUCGCCAUUUUAUGCCUCACCUACGUCUCAGCACAAGAGGCGGGAACAGGCGAGUUGUCCCCGGCUCGCUGUCCACCCGACUAUCGCACCCGCGUGGAGACGUGCAUCAUGGAGGCCCAGGUGGCGCCACAGGCCGGGGCGGUGUCAGCCUCAUCACCAACAAAGAUCGCCUCGAGGACUUGUGCGAUCGUGGGCUUUUGCGCAAAACAAUCGACUGCCUGUUGGAGCUGACAGUUCGCUGCGCGCACAACGCCUCCAUCCUGCAGGACCUCGACAGGCUGUACAGCGUGGCCAGAUGGGAGAAGGGGGCAGAACUCUUGUGUUCUUCCUCGGAAUUGUUUCACAACAACUUUGAGUGCCUGUCGCGAUCCGGUCCUGCUGUCACCACGUGCAUAAUUAUGCGCACGCAGAUCUUCCGGAAAGAAGUGACUUCUGCUGACCAAGAAAAUCACGCGAGAUUACGAGAAAUCACCUGCAGUUUCGCCGAGAGCAUCGUCAAGUGCAUCUGGAAGCCGGUUGCCAGGGGAUGUCCAGAAGAGCUUAUGUCCAAAAUGGUGGAGGCGCUGAAGCACUUCCUACCGCCCACCUGUUUGCUGGAGAACAUCACCGACAACGACGAUGACUAUCCUAUAGAUUAUCUUACGGACUUUUCAAUGGAUUAUUUUGAUGGGACUGAGGCUACGGACGGGGUGGAAUAUACAACAGAACCAUAGGUGGAGGCCGCUGGUCAGAACGCGUUUGAAAAAUGUUUUUUUUAAAAAAAAAUACACCUGGUGUUUAUAUCUUUAGCUGCAAUCAUGACAGAAAGAAGAGAAGCCGACAGACUGCCACAGAGGUCUGUGGGUGGAGAUGUGUUUGCCAAGCAUUAGCAGGGGUCAGGCAGGUUCAGCUCUCUUCUCAAGUUACAUGCAGCGAACCUGCAUGGGCUGAAGUUCUCUCCCCCAACCCCUCACUUCUCCCCCCUUGUUUUCGGUAAUUAACGAUCGAUCUCUAAUCACCGCCUGGGCUGUGAAGCUGCAGCAGUUUGCUUACUCGGAAACCCAAGAGAAGGAGCGAGUGAAGGAACAAAUAACAACGAGGGAAGGAAGCGUUAGAAAGCCGAGGAAAAAAUCCGCGCACAAAACAGCAAGAAACACCAGCCGGACAACCGAUCAUCUGUUUAUUAUCGUCUUAUCUAUUCUGGAACAUGUUGUCGUGUUGUUUGUUGACUUGGGAAAUUUGAUUUUAGGAUGAGGGUUUGUCGGGGGAUAGCAGUGCAGGGGGGAAGGGACAAACUCCCCAAAAUGCGAAAGGCGAAAACAUCGUUCUAUCUUAGUAAAACAUAUUUGACCUCAUUCAGCUCGAUUGUCGUAGUAAACAUUACACCCUCUUACAUUACAGUUAUGUAACUCAUCAAAGUAACGCCACAGUAGUUCUGUAACAAAGGAGUCUUUUUUCAACUCAGAGCCAAUCAAUUUGCUCUUAGAAAGGCCAGCGAAUAACAUCGCUCAACGAAUUCAUCAUCAUUAAAAUACACCUUAGUCUUAUUUAUGAGUCUUAUCUCUAAGUUCCCCCGCACACCAAGGAAAUAAGGACGUGAUAGAAACUCAAAAGAUAAUGAUAUUUCACAUGUUGAUUUUUAACCAGUGUACAGAGUUUGUAUUUGUAAUAUGAAAGUAAAUUAUAAAACAUUACUGAUGCUGGAGAUUCUUCAUCUUUAAUCAAGAAAAUAAAAUCUUAAUUAGGCAACGUU